AUGUGUGGAAUCUUUGCUUACUGCUCGUACCUGACCGAGCGUGACCGCCGCUACGUCUGCGACGUUCUCUGCAAUGCCCUCGCCCGUAUGGAGUACCGUGGCUACGACUCGGCCGGUAUCGGUAUCGAUGGCGACUCGCCGAGCGACCCCUACAUCCUCUUCAAGGAGGUUGGCAAGGUCUCGGCUCUCCGCAAGCACGUCGACAUUGGCAUCCCUACCCCCGCCCCUGGCAACGAGGCCAACGCCCUCACGUCUCCUAUCGACAUGAAGAAGGUGUUCGUCAGCCAGACAUCCAUGGCUCACACUCGCUGGGCUACUCACGGUGUUCCCUGCACACUCAACUGCCACCCCCACGUCAGCGACCCAAUGACUGAGUUCACUGUCGUCCACAACGGUAUCAUCACCAACUUCAAGGAGCUCAAGCUCGUCCUCCAGAAGCGUGGCUACGUGUUCCGCACCGACACCGACACCGAGUGUGUCGCCAUGCUCUGCAAGUACGUUUACGAGAGCCAGCCCAACAAGCGCCUCAACUUCCAGACCCUCAUCAAGACGGUCCUUAAGGAGCUGGAGGGUUCGUUCGCCUUUGUCUUCAAGUCGGUCCACUUCCCGGACGAGAUUGUCGCUGCCCGUCGUGGCUCGCCCCUUCUCAUCGGUGUCAAGUCGGAGCGCAAGCUCAAGGUUGACUUCGUCGAUGUCGAGCUCCAGGACGACAAGAUCGCCGUUCCCGAAGUCGGCGACGCCAACGGCCUCCUUGCCGUCCCUGCCAAUGGCAACGCCCCUGCUGGCUCCAACCUGCGUCGCCAGCAGUCUCGUGCCUUCCUCUCGGAGGACGGCAUGCCUCAGCCAAUCGAGUUUUACGUCGCCUCGGACCCCGCCGCCAUCAUCGAGCACACAAAGAAGGUUCUUUACCUCGAGGACGAUGACAUUGCUCACAUCGCCGAUGGUCAGCUCCACAUCCACCGUCUCCGCCGUGACGACGGCCUCUCGUCCGUCCGUGCCAUUGAGACUUUGGAGAUUGAGCUCGCCGAGAUCAUGAAGGGCCAGUACGCCCACUUCAUGCAGAAGGAGAUCUACGAGCAGCCCGAGUCGGUCGUCAACACUAUGCGUGGCCGUGUCAACUUUGACAACAACACCGUGACACUCGGUGGCCUCAAGGCCUACCUCCCGGUCAUCCGCCGUGGCCGCCGUCUCUUGUUCGUCGCCUGUGGUACCUCGUACCACUCGUGUAUCGCGGCCCGCCCGGUGUUUGAGGAGCUCACCGAGAUCCCAGUUGCCGUUGAACUUGCCUCCGACUUCCUUGACCGCCGCACGCCGGUCUUCCGUGACGACGUCGCCAUCUUUGUCUCCCAGUCGGGUGAGACGGCCGACACCAUCCUUGCCAUGCGCUACUGCCUCGAGCGUGGCGCUCUCUGCCUGGGUGUCGUUAAUGUCGUCGGCUCGACCCUCUCGCGCGAGACUCACUCCGGCAUCCACAUCAACGCCGGCCCCGAAAUCGGUGUCGCGUCGACCAAGGCAUACACUUCGCAGUACAUUGCCCUGAUAAUGAUGGCUGUUCAGUUGGCCUCGGACUCGAUGUCCAAGGCUGGUCGCCGGGCUGAAAUCAUCGCCGGUCUCCACGACAUCCCUGGCCAGAUCAAGACCAUUCUCACUAUGGACAAGGAGAUUCAGCAGCUCGCGACUUCGUUCGCCAAGCAGAAUUCGCUCCUCAUUAUGGGCCGCGGUUAUCAGUUUGCGACCUGCCUCGAGGGUGCCCUUAAGAUCAAGGAGCUCUGCUACAUGCACUCUGAGGGCAUUCUUGCCGGUGAGCUCAAGCACGGCCCUCUCGCCCUCGUCGACGAGAACCUCCCCAUCAUCUUCAUCAUGACCAAGGACUCGCUUUACCCCAAGGUCCAGUCUGCUCUCCAGCAGGUCAUUGCCCGUAACGGCAAGCCUAUCGUCUUCAUCACUGAGGGUGAGGAGGCGCCCGCCGAUGUCAAGACUGUCGUUGUCCCCAAGACCACCGACUGCCUUCAGGGCCUCCUCAACGUUAUCCCGCUUCAGCUCCUCUCGUACCACAUCGCUGUUCAGCGGGGCGUUGACGUUGACUUCCCUCGUAAUCUUGCCAAGUCCGUCACGACGGAAUAA